UGCUUGGGUUUCCGAAUCACCAGCAGCUUCUCUCCUUCCCAGGUGUCGCCGCCUGCUUUCUGCAGCCGCUGCGCGGGACGGGUUCCGAGGUUCUGGGCAGCCAGAACCCCGGAGGCCUUACGGGAGCGGCCUGGCAAUUACCGCCGCCGGCCGCCAGAGGAAGCUGCUUCGCUGCUGUCGUUGCCGAGCAACUCGUAGCCCGGAAGCAGUACCCCGUCCCGCUCGGUUCCGCGGCGGCCUCGCUCCGGGAGACUUCCGGCAGGGCGGUCGCGGGGUCUCGGCGAACGGUCUUCGGAAGCGGCGGCGGCGCGAUGACCACGCUACGGGCCUUCACCUGCGACGACCUGUUCCGCUUCAACAACAUUAACUUGGAUCCGCUUACAGAAACUUAUGGGAUUCCUUUCUACCUACAGUACCUCGCCCACUGGCCAGAGUAUUUCAUUGUUGCAGAGGCACCUGGUGGAGAAUUAAUGGGUUAUAUUAUGGGUAAAGCAGAAGGCUCAGUAGCUAGGGAAGAAUGGCACGGGCACGUCACAGCUCUGUCUGUUGCCCCAGAAUUUCGACGCCUUGGUUUGGCUGCUAAACUUAUGGAGUUACUAGAGGAGAUUUCAGAAAGAAAGGGUGGAUUUUUUGUCGAUCUCUUUGUAAGAGUAUCUAACCAAGUUGCAGUUAACAUGUACAAGCAGUUGGGCUACAGUGUAUAUAGGACGGUCAUAGAGUACUAUUCGGCCAGCAACGGGGAGCCUGAUGAGGACGCUUAUGAUAUGAGGAAAGCACUUUCCAGGGAUACUGAGAAGAAAUCCAUCAUACCAUUACCUCAUCCUGUGAGGCCUGAAGACAUUGAAUAACCCUGGGCAGUGGUUCUUAGGCAGAUACUCUGCAUGCUUUAUGGACAAUAUUAUUUUCAUUGGAUGAUUCUGGAGCUCUAUUAGGAGAAAAGUAAUCAUUUUAGGUCUUAAAGACUUCAAGAAAAUACAGGUUAUCAAUUUAUUUUAAAUCUCAUUGUUUCCAGUUAGCAAUAUCAUACCUAUUAAAGCUGUUCACUGUAACAAAAUUCAAUCAAAAAGGCAGCUAGGUCAGAAGGAAACAUACCACUCUCAUGGUUCAUAAUAUCCACUGUAUGUGUGCUAGGGAAAAGACUCGCUCCAGUCUCCUCCUCAGUUCUGGUGCCUGAGAACCACUGCUGCAUAUGUUUGUUUUUAAAUUUUGUAUUGAACUGUUAAUUGAAGCUUUAAAAGCAUAUAUGAAAUGUAUAAAUCUAAGACGUAUAAUACAUUGUUGACUCUA